AUGCCUUUACACAGUAUAUUCUACAGUCUCACUUGGGCGGAUUCGGUGGGAGUCUUCCAGAGCUCUAAUCUUAAUUGGUAUGGUAUUUUGAGUUACACUCCAUCAAAGUGUAUCAUUGGAUUAAAAUAUAUUCUCAGCGACCCAAAUUUGGUUUUAUUUAAACAUAGACGUCUACCCUAUAGAAAAAAGGGCAAAUUUUGUCACUCGAUUGUAUAUCCCACUUUUUAUGCUACCAUGUUUUUGCAGUUAAUGCAAAACAUCUUUUUCCCAACUGCUUCAACCCAGUACAAGAAUUUAAGACGACAAAAUUAUUCAAGUAUAAUAGCUUACCCUUCAGUAACAAACUCCACUCCUGAACCCGGGUUACAUCCUAUUUCAAAAUACUGUCUACAAAGAUCCCAAGAAAUCUUAUAG